AUGGAUUCAUCGCCAUUGAUUUCGAGUCACGCGACAUCGUACACGGCGAACUUUGAAAAAUUGGAAGGUUCAUCCAAUUUUCAUACUUGGAAAUUUUCCAUCAAGAAUAUUUUAAUACUUGAAGGAUUGUGGGACGUCAUAGAGGGAAGUGAUGACGACGUGGUACGCCAACAGCGCGCGCUUGCGCGUAUCUGUUUAUCAGUAAAGAAAGAAUUAUAUCAAUAUGUACGAAACGCGACAUCGGCUGCUGCAGCUUGGAAAAAUCUCGCCGAGGUAUUUGAAGACAGGGGCUUAUAUAGACGUGUUUUGCUGUUAAGGAAGUUGCAUCGUGUUGAGUUCACCGCUUACAGUUCUAUGAAUGCAUAUAUUGCAAACGUCACCACACUAGUUCAGCAACUCCAUGACAUUGGAAGAACAAUAGAAGAUGCAGAGAUUGCUGAAAUUCUUCUUAGUGGAUUACCAUCAGAAUAUGACACUCUUGUAUCAGGACUCUCAACAGCAACAGUGACAAAUCAAAUAACAAGUGAACUUGUCAAAGCUCGCCUGCUUCAGGAAUAUUCGAGGAAGACUUCAUUGGGAGACACUGCUGCUUACAUAACGAGGAAAAAAGCACCUUUAUUCUGUGAAUUUUGCAAGAAGAGGAAUCACAGAAAAUCUCAGUGUUUCAAAUUGAAGAAAAUGAAGAGUUCAAGGCCUGCUAGCAUAGAGACAAUUAGUCUAGCCUCAGCGUUCGUUGCCCGUUUGCCUUCACAAGUGUUUGUGCUUGACAGUGGCGCUAGUAGCCAUAUGGUAAAUAAUAAAAGACUUUUAUGCAAUUUUGUGCCAGAUGAUCAGGCUAUUACUAUUGCAAAUAAUGAACAAAUAAAAAGUGAAGGGCAAGGGCAAGUUGAUUUAAGAUUUAAACAGCGGGUAAGACCAUUAUCGUUAUCAAAUGUUUUGUUUGACAAGGUCAGAUGUAUGCUAGUUGAGUCAGGUCUCUGUUGGCGUUAUUGGGGAGAGGCAGUUAUGACUGCUAUAUAUUUGAAAAAUAGGUCCCCUACUACUGCUUUAGCAGGACGUAUGCCUCAGGAGGUAUGGACGGGGUCUAAGGUAGACCUCAGUCAUCUCCGGGUAUUUGGCUGUGUUGCAUACUGUCUGAAUCCAUCACAGAAACGCCGCAAGUUAGAUGCUAAAGGAAAAUUAGCAAUCUUUGUUGGCUAUAGUGAGGUAACUAAAGGCUAUCGUUUAAGCGAGCCAUCUAGUCCUAAUACUGUGAUAUUGUCCCGUAGUGUGGCUUUUAUAGAGAAUAAGUUUUAUUAUAAUAAUGGACCUAAUAAUUGUAAUAAUUUGAAUAAUAAUAAUCAUUAUUUUAUCUUAAAUGACAAUUCUUCUAAUGAUAAUAUAAUGUCAAUUGAUAAUUGCAAUACUAAUGUGGAAUGUUCUGAUAAUAGUAAAAAUGACAAUGUUUCAACCAAUGUUUCAGACGGAGUCGAUGGCGAUGACAACCAGACACUGAGUGAGAGUGAACCCGUCUCUUGGGGCGACGGUGCCGAUGGUGGACGUGAUGAGCGUCUCUCACCACCUAGCUACGCGCCACAUGGAGGGGAAGCUGUUCAACCGGGCAGUGAUGCUGCAAUGGGUUUGUCUGGUCGCUCUGUUCGUGAGCGACGUCCACCACAAAGCAUUUUUAAA